AAUUGACAGAAUGACAUGAUCACAACCCUUUGUUUUCUGUAUCGUCACUAUCAGGGAAUAUUAGAAAAUAUUCCCUAAUAUUUCCUAAUAGUCACAUACACGUUUUGCUGUACGAGCGCUCCAUUUGAAUCUGCUGCUAUGGAAGGUUCUGAUAAGCCUUCUCCUCGGCGCAAUGCUUUGCCUAUUGCAGUCUGUGCAAUAGCAUCGUUGAUCAUCUCUGCUUUCAUUGGUACCCGUUUCUUCUUCAAGAAGGGACAGCAGAAUCCUUAGUUCCAACAAGAAGGAUGAGAAUAAUUUCACCAAGAUGAGAUUUUAAUCAUAUAUUGCGUUCAAUUCGAUUUGGUAUGUCUAUCACAAAACACAAAAUAUCUGUGUAUAGCGUGACGUUCUCUAACUGCAGGAGACAGAUGGAAGCAGCACCGAUCCAUUGUCCUCGUUCUCAGAUGGCACUGAGAUUAUAUGCAGAACAAACAUCGACCGAUACAUACUACGCUCUGCUAAAAUAAAAGAUUGAAGCACCAGUGCCGACUAAAGCGACGUGCAACAAGUUGAGAAAAGAAAAGGCGAUUGAGUCGAGUGAUUUGUCUGGAUUAAAAAGAAUAAAGUUAAGUCAUUUGUCUAUAGCCUUUUCUUUUAUGCAUUCAAAAGUAACAAAAAGCUGCCAACGUCCUUAAUUAAUUUUACCGAUAGCAAAAGCACUUCUUACCACCUGAUCACGAAGUCAGACGAGGCUUUACGGCCUCAUUCUGCUUCAAAAUUGAAAAUAAGAAGGGCAAAACUGCAGGAUACGGCAACCCAGACGUCUAGGAAAGGCCAAAGCUAUCCGAACUGUGAGCAUGUCUAUAAUAUGCUGCCAUGAGAUACUUUGGAAUUUUCAUGAGUCUUCUGUUUGUGUCAGUCUUCGUUGUUCGCCUUCACAGAAACAAAGAAAGAAAGAGAAAAAGUAGCGAGGGAUGCUCUCACGGUAGCUUGUUUCACGGAGAAAGGAAUUCAUUCUGGCAAACAUUAAUGGGGUAGAGAGGUGAUUAGAUUCUCCCGUCUCGAUUCAUUAUCCUAGCAUACACAUUUUGCUGUGACAGAUAGUUCCGAGCUCUCUGUUUUCUGGCAAUUACAAGAAAGGAAAGGAGAGGAAAUUAAAGGACUAAUACUGCUAUGGCAUCCGACGAGCAUCCCAGGUACCGUGCUUUGGCUAUUGCAAUCUGCGUGACAGCAUCUGCCGUCGCUGCUUUCCUGGGCACUCGUUUCCUGCUCAAGAAGAGAUGGCAAAGUGGCAAUUCUGACGGGACGAACGUGAACAAUUCGCAGCAUCAGCAGGAGGUAGGUGGAAGCGACAAUGUUCCAUCAUCCUUAUCCUCAGACGAUCCAGCAGAGGACCACGAGUUUGAAGUCUUCCUGAGCUUCAGAGGGACCGACAUCCAGAAGACAUUCACAGACUACCUUUACCAGAGCCUCGUUGACGCUGGUGUCCACACCUUCAGGGACAAUGAGGAGCUCCGUGCAGGGGAAGAGAUCGGCCCCAAGCUCAUGAAAUCAAUCAAGCAGGCAAAGAUCGGGAUCCCCAUCUUCUCAGCAGAUUAUGCAUCGAGCAAGUGGUGCCUCAUGGAGGUGGCGGAGAUGGUGAAGUCCAUGAAGGAGAGCAAACAGCUGAUUAUGCCAAUAUUCCUGGACAUUACGCCAGACGAGGCUCAACACCAGACAGGGAGUUAUGCCAGAUCAUUCUCCUGGCACGAGAAGAGGUUCGGUCGGGUCAAGGUCCAAGAAUGGAGGGACGCGCUGAAGGAAGUUGUGAAGCUGAAGGGUCUAGAACUUCAUAAAGUGGCAAACAGACAUCGAGGUGAGUUCAUAAAAUUAGUUGUUGCAAAGGUCAUUAGAGAACUGAAGAAGUCUUAUUUGGAAAUGGGUACUGUCCUAGUCGGAAUCGAGGAUCGUGCAGAAGAACUUGUGGAAAAAUUAGAAGUUGGCAUGGAUUAUCAUGUUCGGGUAUUGGGGAUAUGGGGCAUGGGCGGCAUAGGGAAGACAACUCUAGCCAAGUUUGUCUACAACCAAAUCGUAGACAAUUUUGAAAGUUGUUCUUUCCUUAAAGAUAUCCGAGAAACAUCCCGGUAUCCCCGAGGCCUUCAAUACCUGCAAAGUAAAUUAGUCUCCGACAUAUUAAGGCUUGAGCCACAGGACUAUGCUAAUGUAGAGCAAGGAAUCAAUGUGCUUAAGGAAAGGCUUCGCCAUCGGAAAGUCCUGAUUCUUCUCGACGAUGUCAACCACAUUGACCAGAUCAAAGCUCUGGCAGCAGAUGUUGGUUGGUUUGGCCAAGGCAGCAGGAUCAUUAUCACGACAAGAGAAAAGGUAGUCUUGGAUCAAUGUCAAGUGCAAGAUUCGUAUGAAGUCACAUUACUGGAUGAAGGUCCUGCUCUAGAGCUCUUCUGCAUGCACGCAUUCAGAAAUAAGUCGCCCAGACCUGACUUGGUCAAAGAGGCCUUGGAGAUCGUGAACACAACUGGGCGGCUUCCUCUGGCUCUUGAGGUUAUGGGAUCAUUCUUAUCCGUCUAUGGUGGAAGGAAGGAUAUGUGGCAUGCUACAAUAGAGAAGUUGAAAUUUAAACUUGGCAUGGUCGACAUCCAAGAUAAGUUGAAGCUAAGUUACGAGUGGUUGGAACGUGAGCAAAAGGAGAUAUUCCUUGACAUUGCAUGCCUUUUCAUUGGAAUGGACGUCAGGCUAGUUAUUCCCGUGUGGGAAGAUGCUAAAAUUUCCCCAGAUGUGGGAAUUGAGAUCCUCCAACUAAAGUCAUUGAUUAAAAUCGGAGAGGACAAUAUAAUAUGGAUGCACGAUCAACUCAGAGAUCUUGGGAGAAGUAUCGUUGAACUAGAAGACAAAGAACCAGGACGACGGAGUAGGCUGUGGCAGGGUGAAGAUGCAUUUGAUGUAUUAGUGGAACAACUGGGAACAUCAAAAUUGGAAGCCAUCAGUCUAGAAGGAUAUGAUUUCAUGGAGGAAGAAGAUAGUUUUAACGAUGACAUGUUUAGGAAUCUGUCAAGGCUGAGAAUUCUUGAACUCGCCAGUGCAAGACUUGAUGGGGACUUCGAACAUCUUUUCCGUCAGCUGAGAUGGUUGAGUUGGCAUAGGAAGGACAUAUCUCCUCCGAACAAGUUAAUUCUGAGGAACUUAAUUGUUCUCAAUCUGUCAAGGAGCAAAAUUCAUGAUGAUUGGAUCGGUUGGAGCUCGAUCAAGUUCGGGUUAAAACUCAAGGUUCUCAAUCUCAUGAAUUGCCCAAUAAGCAGUACUCCUGACUUCUCGGUGUUUCCGAGCUUAGAGAGCUUGAUUCUUGAGCGCUGCGAUCAGUUGGUUUGGGUUGAUCCAUCAAUAGGGCUUCUAAAGAACCUGGUCCUCUUAAAUUUGAGGAAUUGUGGGAGUCUGAAGAAGUUGCCAGAAAAACUGGGUUCCAUGGAGUCACUAGUCGAGUUUCUCAUUGAUUUUACGGAAGUCGAACAAAUACCUAUAUCGAGUGGUAUGAAGAAGCUCGAAGUUUUAUCUGCCAAUAACUGUAGAUAUCUUGGUGGAAUUUCCGCAUCUAUUGGAUCCCUCGAGAAUCUGAAGAGACUCUCGUUAUUCGGUUCCGCGGUAGAGGAACUUCCGGACUCCAUUGGGCAAUUAACCUCACUGGUUGAACUGAACUUGUCACUAACUACAGUCAGAAGUUUGCCGGAUUUCGUUGGAGAUCUACAUAAUUUGGAACUGCUCAAGAUUGAUGGGACAUAUAUCACUUGUUUACCUGGUAACCUGGGAAGGCUAAAGAAGCUCAAAGAGCUCGAUGCCUGGACGUUUGCAGUGGGGGCGCCAGAGGGAGGCCAAAUAAUUUCCAAUGACAUUUUGAGUUUAUCCUCCUUGAGGGUCUUCAAAUUUAGCAACGUAAAGAGCCUCCCGGCAGGUAUGAGGGCUCUUUCAUGCCUGCAGACCCUUCAUCUAAGUGGCAACAAUCUUCAGGUCCUCCCCGAGCUUCCGUCUAGCUUAAUUAGUCUAAAAGUUGAAGACUCGCCAAAGCUGACUUCCCUGAACCUCGCAACCUUGGUUAAUCUAAAAGAAUUGUUUUUGUUCGCGGAUUUCGAGCUCACGGAGCUGGAAAGCGUCUCUAGCCUAAGUAAACUCAAGAGAAUGGCUUUCCACCGGGUGAAGAUAUAUACCUUACCGGAAGAGACAGGCGCAUUUCUCCAGCGUCUUAAACAGCUUUAUUUUAGUUAUUGUGACAAACUUACAAGCCUCCCCACGCUUCCCUCAAGUCUGUCAAUUUUGACAAUUAUCACCUGCAGCUCACUCGAGAGGUUGCCAGACCUUUCGAACUUGAAGAAUUUGUCGAGAUUAGAGGUGAAGUAUUGCCCCAAGCUCAGCGAUAUCCAAGGCAUUGGCAAUCUCCCGUCCCUGAAGGAUCUGAAUACAAAUGGCUGCCCUUUAACUCAGCUGGAUGGUCUGGAAUCAGAGAGGCUGGGGUAUUUAACUGCUCUGUCUGUCACUCAUUCUGAAGUUGAAAGACUUCCUGACUUAUCCAAGUUGAAGAACUUGAAGUCCCUAAUUGUAUCGUGCAGCAGAAAGCUAGUUGAGAUCCGAGGUCUCAGCAGUUUGCACAACCUCGAAAUGUUACGUAUGGACAGCUGUGGGUCGCUCGAACGGUUGCCUCAACUACCAAAAAAUUUGGAGAAUUUAUGCCUUAAUGAUUGCGAGCAACUUAGUGAAAUUGAGGGGGUUGCAGAAUUGGAGUCACUGAAGGUGCUGGAAAUAAGCAGGUGCAGGUCGCUCAGGAAGUUACCGAACCUAUCCAAGUUGCAGAGGCUGGAGGGUUUCAGAAUAGAAGAGUCAGAGAACAUCAUGGAAAUUCCAGGACUCGAGGAACUGAGUAAUCUGCGGAGGCUGAGCAUCUUUGGAAGCAAGGCACUUAAAUUACCGGAUCUCUCAAAGCAGGAGAGUAACGGGCUUCAUAUCUAUAACGAUUCGACUCUAGUUGGCUUUUGAGUCGGAGGACGAUCAUCUGCAUAAAAUACCUACCGGCCGGGGGCCUGGGUAUCUAGCAGCUAGUUUAGUUGUCUUUGGUUAUUCUACUGGCAUUUAUGAGUUUGACUUUCUGUUCUUCUUGAUUCGGAUUGACGUCAGUGCGUGCGUGUAUGGACUAAACUUCCAUUGGGGCCCUUUGUAAAAUUCGCUUCCACAACUUAUAAGCAAUUGGGUUCAUUUUCAACUCAAAAGAUUGAACUGAUAUAUUGUAGAAUCUAAUAUCUUAUAAACCUGUGGUUUUCUUUUCAAUUUU